ACCGGAAGUGGAAGGCGCUUCUCCCUUUCCAGGCAGUUUCCGUUUGGUGCGGCCCCCGGCUCCCAGAGAACUUUCCUUCUCCCGGCUACGGAGACUGCUGCGUCCGACCGCCUUGGCCAGCAGCCCUCCUGUGCCGCCCUCCGUCCGGGCUUCCCGCGGCCGCUCCCCGCCCGCCGCCGCUGCCUUCGCUCCUCGCCCUCCUUCCUUCAGUCCCGCCCGCCGUCUUCUUUCCCGUUCUCCAUCCGGCCGGCCCCGCCGCAGUGAUGUGCGACAAGGAGUUCAUGUGGGCUUUGAAAAAUGGAGACCUGGAUGAGGUGAAAGACUAUGUGGCCAAGGGGGAAGAUGUUAAUCGGACACUAGAAGGUGGGAGGAAGCCUCUUCAUUAUGCAGCAGACUGCGGGCAGCUGGAAAUCCUGGAAUUUCUGCUACUGAAAGGAGCCGAUAUUAAUGCUCCAGAUAAACAUCAUAUUACCCCCCUUCUGUCUGCUGUAUAUGAAGGUCAUGUUUCUUGUGUGAAACUACUUCUGUCAAAGGGUGCUGAUAAAACUGUGAAAGGCCCAGAUGGACUAACUGCUUUUGAAGCCACUGACAACCAGGCGAUCAAAGCUCUUCUUCAGUGAUGGCUGGAUGGACUGAUAAAUAUGGAAGAAUGCCUCUCCCGUGGCCUCACACUGCUGCCUGUCUGUCUGUCACUCUCUGUCUGCCAGCUUCUUCAGCUACAUACUUUAAGAGAGGUGAGGGGAGAGAGAAAUUCAUAAUAAAUCAGACUACCAGAAAAACUAUUUUUAGAGAGGGUAAAUCCAUGUGAUCAGAACUUUAUUGGAAUUCCUGAUCAUGUCACUCUCUCAUGUUUCUAAUAAAAUUCAACUCAUGCCCUGAAGGGCGAAAACAAAAUAUACUGUUUAACAUUCAACCUGUGCAGCUCCCUACCUAGUUUUAUUAAUUAGAUUGUGUUGAAAGGUCUGAUUAUAUAAAGGCCUACUUCUGUAUACUUUGUAGCCCUAACUGUGGAAGCAGUGAUGGCUACUAUGUUGUAAACUUAGGGUGCUGAGAUAAGCAAUUAGCUAUAGCCCUCUGCCUUAAGAUUGCACUGCAAUGGGGAUUUCCUGGCCUGGUUAAGAGUGUUGCCUAUGGUUGGUGACCAAAUCUUUCCUCAGUAACUUUGAUUUAAACAGAGGCUCAAUUCAGAUAAGGAGGGGCAUACCCCUUAAGUAGCUGGAUGACUGGACUUUGAAUUUCUCCUCUCUUUCCAUGUGGGUUUCAUGUGUCCUUAAGUAAAACUGACCAGUCUUAUUUAUAAAAUCUUGGGGGAUCUGAAGAAGAAAUAGCAUUCCAAUAUAUUCAUUUUCUCCUCUAGUUUGAGAAUUUGUAUUAUGUAUGAAACACUUUCAAACUCUUCUAGCAGUGAGCGGGGAUUUAAAAGUAGAAUCAUAGCCAUAAGUUUGUUAGUAUCAUAGAAAAAGGAAACAAGUUUCCUAGUAACUAAAGGUUUUCUUCUGCUUAUUUCUAUUUGAAAUUUUUCUUUGAAAUAAAUUUAUUUGAAGAAUCAAGGAAAAUAACUUGAACUAGUUUCCUCAGCCCAACAUUGGAUGUUGAUUCUUAUAGGAUGAGAUUACUUACUGUACCAUGCUAGGAUGGGGCUUAACACCUGGCUAAGUUUAAUUUGACCUAGUCUCCUCAAACAUAAUUUGUUACCAAAUAUCUCAAAAUUUCUGCUGGAUGUAUGGCAACCCACCUGGAUAAUAUAUUAUAACUUCCUGUUUUAAAAUCAUGUAUUACAUAGAGUAUGAUACACUUUAAAAAUGAUUCUGUACAUUUAGAAUAAGUAUCCAAUUACAGUGUUUUUAUAACUUGAAAAAAAAUAUUGUACACACCACAUAAUAUUUGUUUCCUGAGCAUUAUGGCAAAAUAAAAUGUGAAUACCUAAUUUUAAUAUCUCGCAUUUAAAUAAUGACAAAAAUCAGGAGUAUGCACUAAACAGAAACAUCCAGAUAAGUUUUAGUUUACUAAUAAAUGUUGGAUUUUUUUUUAACCAAGUUACACAAUUUUGAAUGUACUUCAGAUUUUUUAAAAGGCCUUGCAUUCAGAUUGUGGAAUGGGAACAAUUUAAUGAAGAUUUUUAUACAUAGUGCAGCAUCCUUCCAGAGAGUUAAAUUAUUACUAAGAACAGCAGCCUGGCCAGUACCAAAUCAUAUUAAAUAGUUGUUGAUUGGUUACAUAUAGUGGGUUUUUUAUUCUUUCCUCUUUGAGUGACUCCUCUCCCACCUCCCACUUCCACAACCAGUCCAACCCCAUGAUUUCCCUUAUUCUGAGAAGCCAAUCACUGAAUAAUUGUUAAAAAUGACAAGUAUAUUUGGAUACUUCUGCUGUCUUAAUACAGCAUUUUUAUAUUCAAUAAAAACUUAUUAAUCAGGGCUGGCCUACAUCACUGAACUAAAAUGAAUACACCUCUAUUAAAAUGUUGGGCAUCUGUCCAUUUUAGUUCCAUUAAAGUAGUGCAGUGUGUGUGGGUUUUGGUUCGUUUUUUUUUCUCCCCCUGUUGGCAUAAUGCUAUUUAAAGGCUUAGAACUUACCCUUUACACAGUUUCUCCCUUACCUUUCAAAGUGUUUCAUUGUAGUUGAUUAUUGCAGAAUGUAUACUGUACUCUUUCCCAGGCCUUCUGCUUUCCUGAGUCAUUGUGGUAUAUAAAACUAGUUGAUGCUUUGUACAAAUUGUCCUGUUUCUUGUAAUGCAGUAAAGGCAAUUUUGCCUUUCCACCUUUCUCUUUACCAUCUUGUAAGCAGGCGCCAUAAUUGGGAAGAAAGAGCUCCUUUGCUAAGACAACAAAGUAACGUAGGAUAAACAAUACUGACCAAGAUGGUUUGGGGUUUCUCUCUUAUUUUUUUCUCUUUUAUUUUUUAACUAACUUCAUUAUUUAUAAUGUAUCUCUGGACAGUUUUAGCAGAGAAAUUGACAACAACUUAACAUUAAUAUUUUUGGGUAAAAAAAAGCUAAAACUGUCUUUUUUUUUUUUUUUUUGCACUACAUGCAUCAGUGAAAGGUCAAAUUAACAUUUUUGUCCUCUUGAAGUACAAUUAAGCAUCUCAGAAAGGUAUCUUGCAUUUUCUUUUGCUUUGGUUUUCUAUUCUUUCAUUUCCUCUUCUGGUCUCAAGUAAAUACUUACAGGUGGCUUACCUUUACCUUACACCAGCACAUCAGUGAAGGGUCAAAUUACCACCACCACACUUAGACAAAUUGCUAUGAACUUGGAAAUAGACAGUCCCUCUUUUCCUUUACACACCCAUAUGUUUUUUCUAUGCAUAGCACGCUUUCCUAAAUUCUAGUUGUGUACAAAGGACAGGUAGAUAUAAUUUGUGGAAGCUGCUGACAAGUAGGCCACUCAUUCCUUACUGUUUUCACCCAAACCAUGGUUAAAGACCUAUGAAUAUUUACUGAGUUUUACAUCCUCUGCACCCUCUACUUUGUUAAGUUACAUUUGAAACUUAAAUUGAGCUGCUACCUUCUCCCAUGCAAUAUUGUCCGCAUGAGUGUCUAUUAGAAGAAGCUGGUGAGAGUGUACUCCCACAUAAGCAAUUGCAGUGUUUUGCAUGCAAAAUAAAUAAAUAAAGCUGUCCUAAUUCUAUUUUGUAAAUGGAGGAACAAUCAUAUCUUUCUAAGCAGUAAUGGAAAAAAAAACUAGUGCUUUUGUGCAUUUUGAUAUAUCUUGAGUUCAUUUUUCCACAAUGUAAUUCUUUUGACACGGUUAGGUUUCUCAUAUUAUCCUAGUUCAUGAACAUCAGAAUGCUAAAUAAUACUGUGUUUAAGUUUUGUGUUGCAAGAACAAAUGGAAUAAACUUGAAUUGUGCUACA